AUUAACGCAAUGGGGGCAGGGAGAGAAAAAGACGCCGGAUAAUGGGAUUGAGGGAACGAGAGAGGAGAAGAGAGACGGAUUGAGAGACAUACACACACACUCACAUAGAGAAGCAGUGCCAGCAGGCAGAGGCAGUGAGCCAGCUGACAGAGAGACUGUCGACCAGCAGCCAUGACAGACACCGAUUCUCUAAGUGAAGCACUAAAGGCUAUCAGUGUGAGUACAGAGCUAAUUGAAGAGGAGCUCAAGCCUCAUUUGGACACGGUACUAUCUUCUUUGCUGGAAAAGAAGAAAGAUGCUGCUGUUGCGAUUGUGAAUAGUGGGAUUUUACCCACAUUGGCUCAGGCUUUACAAAGUAAAAGCAGCCUGUGCUGCCAGGUGGCUCUGGUGGUGGCAGAGAUGGCCCGUGAAGCUGCAGUCAGGGAGUCGUGCAUUGAGGCAGGCCUGGUGAAGGUACUGCUUCCUCAUCUGAACGGCAACAACCAGGAGAUGCUGCUGAACACUGGCAGAGCCAUUGGACGCAUCUGCUUUGACAACUCAUACCAACAGGACUUGUUAGUCCAGAGUGGCGUAAUACCCAGACUGGUGUCCAUAAUGAAGGAGUAUUCAGACAACGACCCACUGGUUAACGUUUGCCUGCUGGCCCUUUGUAACCUGGCUGACAUGGACUCCGCGAGGGAAGCCCUGUCAGAGCUGGAUGUGGCAGAUGUACUAACAUUUCAGUUGAAGCGGGCACCUGACGCCGAACGCCGACAUGUCAUCCUUGAAAUACUGGGUGCACUUGGCGAGAGUGAUACACUUAAGCUGCAGUUUGCAGAGUCAGGAGUACCAGAGGCUCUAUCAGAGAUGAUUCAGUGCCUGCAAGGAGGUUCUGACCCCCAUGACCUCUGCAGCAUCAAGAUCGCCUCCAACCUCAUAGUGUCUCUGCUUUUAGGAGAUGAGUCUAUGCAGAAGUGCUUUGGUGAGGGAUCAGGUCUGGUAUAUCAGGAUGUUCUGUCCUGGCUCCAGAGCUCCAACACUCAGCUGCAGCUGUCUGGGGCCUUGGCCAUCGCCAACUUCGCCAGGAACGACAGUAACUGUGUGAAGAUGCUGGACCUUGGGGUGGUUCCUCACAUCCUGACCUUGUUGGAGCAACAUGUUGACGAGGGAGAUGUGUCUGUUCAGCAUGCUGGACUGAGUGCGCUCAGGAACCUGGCUAUUCCUGCCACUAACAAGGUGCGAAUGCUUGAGGAUGGGGUGACUGAGAGAAUAAAGACCCUGCUACGCUCAGACAUGCCACCUGUUCAGUUCAAACUGCUGGGUACACUACGCAUGAUGGUGGAUGGUCAAGAUGAGGCAGCCUUGGUGCUGGGGAGAGAUGCUGUACUGCUGGCUCGGGUCAUGGAAUGGUGUGAAGCCAAAGAUCAUGCAGGAGUCCGAGGAGAAGCCAGCCGCCUGUUAGCUGCCCUCAUCAGACACAGCCGCAGUCCUGAAGUUGUUCAUGCUGUAGCCAAGGCAGAUGGGGUUCGGCACCUUACUUCCAUGGCAACGAGUGAGCAUGUCAUCAUGCAGAAUGAGGCCCUGGUUGCCCUGGCAAUAGCAUCUGCCAUUGACCUAGAGUUUAUGAAGGAUCGAUUAUGGGAGGCAGAGCUGUUGCCCCUGCUUAAGAAGAUGUUGGAGGAUCCUGAAGGGGCGGUCGAAGUCAAGUUCAGUGCUUUAGGUCUCAUCUGCAGCCUGGCUAACUCUAGUGCGAUGAAGGAGGAGUUGAAGUCUGUGAAUAUGAAGGAAAGCCUAACUAAACUGACAAAUCAUAGCAGCAGUUCACUUGCCUCACAAGCCAGUUCCCUAGUGGCUAUUCUCAGUGACACCAGCUAAACCAGCACAUUAAAGAAUAAAAGGAUCGCAUCUGCUGUAUGGAUUUAUCCUGUUAUUCAAUGACAUACUGUAAUUCAACUGACUUUUUUGCAGAAGUUUUGCUAACUAUUAAUUUGGCUAUGGCUUUGGCUUCCUGGUAAUCAUGUGUCCUCACCAGUAGCCCUCUGAGGCUGCCCUGUUCACAGGAGGAAUAAUCAACAUACAGAUACAUUUCCAGUUCUUAAACUCUAAACAAACGCAGACUCAAUGAGGUCAUUAAUACCAAAGUUGUUAAUUCAAUCAGGAGCAUAAAUGUACUCUGAAUUUCACAGUAACCUGUUCCUCAUCAUUACCAUUUCCUGUAUACAAAUGUACAGUAAAUUUUGCAUUGGUGGUGGCCGUAGACAAAAGGUCAUGCAAUCUACAGCGAUUCACAUUUUGCAGGCUAUUAGUAGAACAUUUUUCUUGUCAUAUGACUAAAAGAUGAUGAUGAAUGGAAAAAGAUGAUGGUUCUCACCAGGAAGGUCAAAACAGCUAACAGAAUCAUUCUAGCAAUUUGGCCUGUAGUUGUCAUGAUACCUUGAUUUGAACCAAUGUGGUGGAGGGAUGGAACUGGAUGGACUGACAUCACCUGCUUUGGCUUUGCUGGUAUAGGUCAAUAAUAUUUAUAAUAAUAAUAAUAAUAUGAUAAUAAUAAUGGUUGAAAAUUUCCAAGCAUUUAUAAAAUUUUGAAUUGUGGUAUAGUAAAGGUUUAGCCCAUAGACUAUACCGUGGAUGAAGACUGCAGAGUGAUACCAAUGGGGAAGUACCUGAAAUGGGUAUGCUCACACAUUACCAGUAGAGGGCGACUCUACUGGUUGCUAAAAUAAGUCACUUCUCACUUGAUAUUUAACAUCAGUAAACCUAAGAGGUUUAUAACCUAAUUUAUUGUUUCAAGUCCUCUCCAAUACAACGUGAUAUUAAUUAUUUAAACUGGUUCUUUUUAGAAUGAAAUAGAUGAUAAAGCGUGUAUACAGCCAGUACAAGGUCAGACAGCAAGUGCAGUCCAAUGGGUGCAUGCUGUAGAUGGACGUGCAGUGUCUUCAGCUCUCAAUCAGGCUCCUCUAAAUAUGGUUACAUAUAGUUUAAAAAAACAAAGAUUUGCUGGAGAAAAUGCCAAACUCAAGGCUUCAAAACAGUUAUUCACAAACCGAUGGCUGCGUCACACUGGGUUGCCACUUGGCUGAAGUAUAUCACAAAAAAUAUCUCUUACAAGAUUCAGUAAUUUACUUACUAAAGAAUAUGAAAAAAAUAACAGAAGGCUCUUUGUUUUUUUUCUGCAUUUAUACUGUUCAUUCACAGCGAUCAUCUAUAUCUCAAGGCCUAUUGCAGUGGAUGGAGUUGAAAUAAUGUGAAGGCGGGUGUUUUUUCAUCACAUAAGGAACUUUAAAGUUGCAAUACUGUUGAACAAUUCCUAUAUAUUGUUUGACUUAACAUAUUUAGACUUUGUCAUUUUUAUUUCAUUGACUCGAGUUACCAAUAAUAUCACUGGAUAAACUUUGUAUAAAAGUGCUCGUAGAGUGCCGUGGGCUUGCUUUAACAAGAGGCAAUUUUGACAGGCCAGGCUGAUCAAGAUUACCAAAGACUUUCAUCGAAGCACUUUAAAACACACAGUCCAGAAGGUAAAUCACUUCCGACAUCCUGAGGAGUAGAGUCAAACAAAACUCAUUAAUAACAAGCAAUAAAUCUACCGGGUAUGUUCUACUGUAGUCCUUGAACCUUUUUGGUAAAUUUGAUAUCCAACACUUUGUCUUAUUGAACAGAUUUAUUACUUAAUUCAAGCUCUUCUAUAGCGAAGCUAUAGUGUUGUCUCCAAGUUUUAAUUCUCUUUUGAUAAAAGCGUCAGUCAAAUAUGUCAAUUUAAAUAGAUGUUUUCUAUCUCAAAGGGUCCUGAGCUCAUCCGAUACAACUUUUACUGUACAUAGGUUGAGGAUGUCUAUAUGAAUGCUUGAAUCAUGUAACUGUAAACAUGACAUGAAAAGUCAUAAGUUAUCUGCCCUUAUUAAGUGAGAAGUCAGAUAGGAAAAUCCAGUAUGCUGGAUGUAAUUAUGUUGAUUAUGUGAAUAAUAUCUACAUGGAGU